AUGUCGAAGCGGUCGCAGGCACCAGAUUUACCCGAUCAGAGUUCGCCAAUUGAAAGCCCUGUCCAGUCUCAACAUGAGCCAGGAAGAUUCGCUCCUGUGGCAGGUGAUACGACUUCCCAGCAAGGGGCGUCCCGCUUGAUCGCAGUUGAUUCGAUUCUGAACCCCCCUUCGCAUCCAGCUUUCGAAUCUCCUUCCCGCCAGAGCAGCAAUGGACCAUUAGAAUAUACUUCGUCGACGUGCCCCUCUCCAUCUCCAUCUCCAAGUGCGCGACUUUCCCAAACAGACCCUGCACUGUUUCGACUGGACAAGUCCGUAUCGCCGAGAAAUCAGCAUCGGCGAACAUUGACCCCUCGAUCCCCUGCCUCUCGCGCUGCCAGUCUAGGAACCAGAUUGACUUCAAUUCCUGCGACCAUGAAUGUGGCCCAGUUUCCUUUCCCCCCGUCCCCUCCCCCACAAACCACCACCGCUUGCCCCAGCAGCUAUAAUCUGCAUCAACCGUCUAGCCUACCAGACCACCGGGCGCCUCAGGUUCUUGCGCAUGAGCCAAGCCCAAGCACGCGGCAUUCUUCAUAUAGGCCGUACCAACAAGGGAUCGCCUGCACAAUCUCCUACAGUCCCGCUUGGCCAGGACCUCAAGCCAGACUCAUACCUGUGACCAUUGAUAUGGAUUCGGGCUCUAAAAGGGCGUCAGACAAACGGAGGAAGAACAGUCACGCCUCGAGGAGAUUUCGCCAGAGGAAGAAAGCGAGCGAGAAUGAAAAGGCUCGAAUAAUGGAAAAACUACAAGACGAAGUCAAGCACCUGAAGCAAGUCGUUUCGUUCUACCAAACUGAGCGCGAUUUCUUUCGGGAAUAUGUCAAUAGAAUUCCAGGGACACAUGUUCCACCCCGCCCUGCCUCACCUCCUUUGGCCCCAUCGACAUUUCAACAACCAUCAGAAUCAGAAUCAGAUGGUCGAAUGACUGCAAGACGUUCUGUCCGGCCACGAACUGGAUCCGCAUCUUUGGGAAUGCCGUUACCCACGGCUGCUCAGCCAGCAAUGCCUUUUAAUUCGCCCGGAUACCAGUCUCCAUGGCCUACGGUCAUAACUACUAGUUCGAUGUCGACGACACCCGAGACACUGCAACAAUUUCAGCAACCUUUUCAUGGCCACUAUCAUGGCCUUCCUCACCCGGUGUCGCCUCGGGGUCAUGAUGCCUCGUUUCCUCAUUGA